CUGCGCGUUCCAUUGUUACAGAUCAGAGACCAGAAGGGAGGGACCCGCUUUUCCCGUGCUGAUGCUCCAAGGAGACUCCAGUUCUUCCCCCCAGCCGCCGCCGCCGCAGCAAAAUCUCGGUGCCAAAGAGCCCCCCGGCCGGCAGCCCGCUGUCUGCCGAUCUCGGUGCCCGGGGACUGCCUCCCCUCUGCUCCUGGAGGAGAGAAGCAAAGACAUGGAGCUUUGCAACUUGCACCAAGCUGGGACCAUCUGAUCGCAGCGGCAACGUGGACUGGAAAUUAACAAGCCCGUUCCCCCUCUUUGCAAAGCCCAGCUGGGCGGCGGGGGGAGAGACCCAGCCUCCUGCGUGGUUGCAGUGGGAUUUGUUCCCCGGUGAAGGGCUCCGACCUGCCCCCAGGGUCCGGAGGGGGAGGCGGUGAAGGGGAGCAUGACCUGCCCUCCGCCUGGUUCCAGGGAGCGGCGGUGCUAAGGAGGGGACGCCAGGCGCCCCGGGAGAGAGCUCUGCCCCUGAGGACGUGGUCGCCGGAGGAAGGAGGGAUUGCUGCCCGCUGGGGGAAAAAAGCCAGGUCCGGGCUCCCGCUUGGAGCUCUUUGCAGCCCCAGGCUGUCCGCGACCGUCGGUGGAUUUUUAAGGGGUCCCUCCAGCUUUGUGCGGUGCACCCGAUAUUUAUUGCCCCUGCCUAGGCUGGGUUGGUGUUUUCCUUUGGCAGGGGGGCAGGGUGCAAACCCAAGCCAGCCGCUCGCCUGAACCCCCGCGCCGCUCCCGGACGGUUUGACUCAGGAACUCUGAUGGCUCCGCGGCGGCAGUCGAGAUGCCCCGGGUGCUCGUGGACUACUGGAGUGUGCUUGCUGGUGGCUUCCCUCUUACCAGGGCUCCGGGCUCAGACCGUCCUGGUCAAUGACACAGUCUCGGGGUUCAUCGGGACAGACGUGGUCCUUCACUGUAGCUUCACCAACCCGCUUCCCACUGUGAAGAUCACACAGGUCACAUGGCAGAAGGCCACCAAUGGCUCCAAGCAGAAUGUGGCCAUCUACAACCCCGCCAUGGGGGUCUCCAUCCUCUCCCCCUACAAGGAGCGCGUGACCUUCCGUAAUCCCUCCUUUAAGGAUGGCACCAUCCAGCUGUCCCAGCUGGAGCUGGAGGAUGAGGGCGUGUACAUCUGCGAAUUUGCCACCUUCCCAACUGGCAACCGGGAAAGCCAGCUGAACCUCACCGUGCUGGCCAAGCCCACCAACCGGAUGGAGGGCACCACCCGGCCCCUCAUAGCCAGAUCCGGCAAGACAGAGAAGAUCCCGGUAGCCACCUGCAUGUCCUCCAAUGGGAAGCCGCCCAGCACCGUCACCUGGGACACCAAACUCAAAGGGGAAGCGGAGUUCCAGGAGAUCAAGAACAGCAACGGCACCAUCACGGUGAUCAGCCGGUACCGCCUAGUGCCGAGCCGGGAGGCCCACCGGCAGCAACUCAUGUGCGUGGUCAAUUACCAGCUGGACCGUUUCACCGACAGCAUGACCCUCAAUGUGCAGUAUGAGCCAGAAGUCACCAUCGAGGGCUUUGACGGCAACUGGUUUUUGAACCGGAAGGAUGUGAAACUGACAUGCAAAUCCGAUGCCAACCCCCCCGCUACCACCUACCAAUGGAGGCUGCUGAACGGCUCACUGCCCGAGAACGUAGAAGUCCAGAACAACACCCUGUUCUUCAAAGGGCCCGUCUCCUACAGCCUGGCGGGGACGUACAUCUGUGAGGCCACCAAUACCAUCGGCACGCGGUCAGGGCUCGUGGAAGUCAAUGUAACAGAUAAGCCGCUGCCACAGGGAGCUCCAGGGGGCAUUAUCGGGAUCCUGGGAGGCGUAAUUGCUGCAGCUCUCAUCAUCGGCGUGGCCGUCACUGUGUUCAUCAUCUACAGGCGACAGCAGAAGAGCCGCACGGAGACUGACAAUGACCUAAUUGAUCUGCCUCCAUCCCACAAACCUGUCCCACCGCCAAAGAGGAAACAGGAGAUGAAAAGCCACCUGACGGCAGAAGACAUCCAGGUCGUCCGCCUAGACAACAUGAAGCAGGAGGAAGAGAUCCAGAAGCUCCCCCUGCAGACACCGUACUACGACAUGGCAGCCAGCGAGUCCUCUCCAUACUCCGACAAGCUGAACUUUGGAAAGCGUCACUCAGAGAUACCGGAUGCGAGUGAUCACCUGACCUGCUGUUGCUCACCUGAAGAUCAAUAUCUGGAGAAAAUACCCCAUGUCUAUAACCACUUAUCAUACCUCCCAGAAGAUCUGUAUUCUCACCGUGCUGAUGUCUCCUUUUGCUGCCCGCCACCAGGUUCCCGGGCACCGUACAUAUGUCCUAAGGAACAGUAUGUUUAAAACAACAGCACACAGUCAAGCAAAAGCAAAGAAGCCAAUUCUUCACAUCACCCAACCUUUCACGUAUUAACCAAGACCUUUGAUUUGUCUCCAGCCAUUGAGAAUUUUUGUUUAGGUUUUCCUGUUUUUAAAUUUUGGUGCAAUUGUAAUCGACAUGAUUAGGUUAAGCAUCCGCCUGCUCGUUAGUGUUCAAGGGAACUCUCUGCCUUCAUCUGUGUCAUACACUGACAUUUUCCCCUUGUUUGCAUCUUUUUCUUCCCUAAUUUUGGCCCCAUCACCCUCCAGUAGUGAGCUGGCUAUGUGCAUGCGUGCGUGUGUCAGUGGGCGGCUGGGUGGUGCACCACUCCCUUCUGUUGGAUGGAAUGUCCCAGACCCACUCAAGUGUCUGUGUUCCCUAGUGUCAAUUUUUACACCAUUUACACAAGAGGCUCCUGGAGCGGAUUCCUUCACAAACCUUGUCACACCAUGUCUAAAAUUCCCAAUUCUACUUUACAUCCAAACAAAAUUAUCUCUGUACUACUUUGAAACUUCCCAGCCAGAGCGCAGGUCUGAGUCUGCAACUCUCUUGUUUGAAAAUACCUUUUGGGACCAGGAGCCCUGUUCAAAGAGCCAAACAGUUAAGAUUUCUGAACCAAAGGUAAUGAUGACAUUUGCAAUGAAAGAGGCUCAGAACCAGCCCCAGAGCAGAAGAGGGUUUUUUUUUCCCCCACUCCCAACUUCUUGUAUCGACUCUUCCAAACCCAGAGGGUAUGGGAACCAAAUUUGGGCACAGGAAAGACAACGGAUACUGGAACAUCUUCCUAGAACUUUCUAUCAUAUAACCUGAAACCAAAAGAAAAAAAAUCUCUAAUUAGGAAAAAUAUGUAGAUAUACACACCAUCAUUUUCUUUUCCAAAAGUCUAAAAUUCACCGCAGAUCCGUCUGUGCACCUGUUGAUUGGAAUUUUUAAGUGAUCUCAGGCAGAAUAUAGAAGACAAAUCAGAAUUUCAGGUAAUCUUCUUGCUCUUAAUGAAGGAUAAAAGCCAACAGAGAAUCUGGCCUUUUAACUUUUUUUAAAUCGUCUUAGUUUUGAACUGUGAAUUUUUUGAUAUUUGGAGUGUGUGUGUAUAUGAAAGUGUAAGUUCCUGCAACCACCACGUGUUUUAGACAGCAGAAUUCAUCUCCACAUCACCUCCUUGUUCACUUGUAUUAGAAAAAAAGAAAAGAUGAAGAGGAACAAGAGGAAAAAAAGUCUUGGAGAAUAGUUGGCUUCAGGAUUAUUUCUAACCUUUUCCACCCAGGUACAGCAUGGGAGAGACAAAGAAUGGACAGUUAUGCACAAGGGGACAUGUCGUCAGUUGACAGACUCUUAUUUUUCUUAAUUUGGGGGUGGAUCUUUUGCAUCCUGGAGACAUACACAACCUUGCACUGCUGAUCCACAAGGACAUGUGAGCCAGGCGCCCCCUGCUAUCCGCCUGGUUCUCCAACACCAAGCCAGUAUCCAAUGCCCCUUGCACAAAUGCAAAGGAAACCACCGCAGUAUUCAAGACUCCCCAUGGGGGGAAUAACACAUCAGAUGCUGUCAGCCCAGCUCCUGCCUUCGCAAAUAGACUGGGUCACUUUUAUUUUUGUAUAUUUGGUUCUAAAGGCAAAGGUCGCUCUAUAUACUUUCUUUUCUCCCACUACAGAGGUUUGUCUCUGAGCUCAUCCUGCUUGUCCCCCAACUCCCUGACUCACACAGAAGCACGGCUGUGUCCACACUACCUCAUAUAUUUCCUGCAGGCUAAAAUAUGUAGAUAUAAAGAGAGAGAUGGAGACGGCUUCCAUUAGGAAAUAAAGUGCCAUAAGGGAAGCAGGCUCUGGCCACGCCUCCUGGGACUGCCCCACAAAACCUGGCUCCACCCUUUCCUUGUGCGCAGCGGCCACAUGCUGUUUUGGGAAAAAAGCACGGCCACCUGCAGCGAUGACAUCAUUCCCUCCUGCAGAAGAAAAUGGAUGAGCCGGUUGGGGUUGGGGUGGGUUCUGUCGGACUGAAUGGCUCUGUUGCUUUGUGCUGACCAGGUUGGCAGCCUCUAGGGUUCAAAGAAGGGGGCACCAGCUCUUCCUGGUCUACGGCCAUCCCAAAGUGUGCAGCCCCCCCUAGCUGGUACGUGGAGCAGGUGGGGCAGCCCAUGGGAGCACCUAGCUCAUGGAAGGGCCAAUGGGCCCCUAAUCACAGACAUGGGGCCUUUGAAAUCCCUUCCCUUUCAUCUUCACUGGGUUGGAUCCUUUGGUACUGGUAGGGUUCAUGCUUCCUUGAUCGGCCUCCUCUGCCCAGAGACUGGCCAAUUCACGUCCCUUCACGAAUGAGUUCAAGUGCCACCUGCCUCCACUCAAAUGCUAGACCUCUCUCUCUCUCUUGCUCUUUCCUCUUAAUGUGCCAUGGAGUAAUGUUUGGCAGCCAUGGAGCUGGGUUUGCUCUGAACUAGACCUACUGCCGUCACUGUCCAGUUCCCUGCCACCCUGGCAAUGGGAAUGUACUUUGGCCUCCUCUACCAAUCUGCCUUUAGCCCACCCUUUAGAGAAGGAGAUGUGGUGGCGGAAAAUCGCUGUGGUCUUUGCAUCCUGGAGAGAGAUGCAGCCUUGCACUGCUGAGCCACGAGAACACAUGGGCAAGGGCCAUUCCCUCCGGCUCUCUUCCUAAAAGAAAUGGGGUAUCUCCAGGCUAGCAGGAAUUAAAGUGGGUCUUAUUGGAAGCCUGUUUCCACAUUCACCCCAGAUCUGGGCACAUAGAUGAGAGGCAGAAGAAAAGCAACAUGAUCAGCUCUUGAGGUGCAUAAGGAUCAUGUCAGAUGAAAGGACUGUAUGUGGGAGGGGAGAGGGGGCAGAGGACAUCUCUGUAGCUAGACGUCUCUUCUGCAAUCUUUGAGGGAGGUCUGUACUAUGAUGGGUGAGGGGAUGACAUGUAGGCAUACCACAGUGUCGCAUAGCAGUGCAAAGGAAGGCCAAUUGCCUUGGACAAAUUUGAACUUGAGCUGUCGACAUAGAAGAGACACCGAGAUCUUUGCUUUUCAGCAAAGCAAAAGGAUUUCUAUCCUCUCAAGAAAGAAAGAGUGAGACAGAAAUUCAGCCUCUGAAAUGAGCUGCUUGAUUUAUCCAGUGCAUGUUUUAAACUUAGGAACAUUUGAUCUCUCUCUGCCUUUUCUACCUUCUCCCCUAUUCUUGACACACGAAACAAAGGAAGACCUCUGUCUGUGCUUCAGCGGAAGGUCUGGUGGUAUCGCCAAAUUCCUUCACGGCCCCCAUGUGCAGAUGGGUAAAACCUUGCAGGAGAUGGCAGGGGAGAUUGGGUUGAUAGGGUUUUGGUUCUACAAAGCCAAAUCCAAGGAUGGUUCUGAUCCAGGCCCUCAUUUCGCUCCUCUGUAUUCAUGGGGUCAAAUCAAUUGUCCCAUAGAUCUUCUAGCUUCCCCAACCCCAUAACAAAGGGAUCAAACUAAUUUUCCCUCCAUGCUCAAGUCUUGACCUUCCGGAGGUAGUGGUCCAGCCUCAGCAAUGUCAGACAGGGGUGUCUCUAUCCAGCUAGGAUAAGCCCACACCUUGGCAUAGGCUGCUUAGACAAAGGACCUGCUCCUGCAACCGUGCCGUCCUUAAUGGGGGAGGUAAAGGGUGGUUGCUUGGAUUGAACAGGAAAGGGGGCUGAAUGUGAAUACACAGCGAGGGAGGCAGCAGCCCUCAUGUCCCAGCGGCAGGCAGGUGGGUGGGUGGAUGAUUUUGAUGUUUUAUUUCCGUGUCUUACCUCAUGCGAGACUAGAAGCCCUGUCUCCUGUCCAGUGGGGGUGAAAUGCUGCAGUGAUGGCUGAUGGAGCUGUUCUGAAG